AUGGCUCCCAUUGGGGACCGCACUCAAGCACCCUUGUAUGAGACGGCUCCCAUUGGGGACCGCAUGUCUGAAGCACCCAUAUGUGAGACGGCUCCCAUUGGGGACCGCACUCAAGCACCCUUGUAUGAGACGGCUCCCAUUGGGGACCGCAUCUCUGAAUCACCCAUAUGUGAGACGGCUCCCAUUGGGGACCGCACUCAAGCACCCUUGUAUGAGACGGCUCCCAUUGGGGACCGCAUCUCUGAAUCACCCAUAUGUGAGACGGCUCCCAUUGGGGACCGCACUCAAGCACCCUUGUAUGAGACGGCUCCCAUUGGGGACCGCAUCUCUGAAUCACCCACCUGUGAGACGGCUCCCAUUGGGGACCGCACUCAAGCACCCUUGUAUGAGGCGGCUCCCAAUGGGGACUGCAUCUCCCCAGCACAGACUUGUGACGCGGCUCCCAUUGGGGACCGUCUCUAUCAUGCACAUGAAAUAAACAUACACUUGUGUGCGGCUCCCAUUGGGGACCGGAUGUUUCACACACACUUGAAGGCACCGCCGUAUGAGGUGGCUCCCAAUGGGGACCGGAUCUCUGAAGCACCCUUGUAUGAGGUGGCUCCCAUUGGGGACCGCACAUCUGAAGCACAGAGUUGUGAUGCGGCUCCUAAUGGGGACCGUAUCUCUGAAGCACAGAUAGAUUUGUGA